UAUACAUUGAUAAUAAGCAAUACUCCACUAGGGCGGGGGGGAGUUAAAAGAUUAAUAUUCUGGCUAGACUCUGGCAUGAAGACAGUUAGGUGACGUCCUGCUGCUUUAUAUAUUAGAAGAUACUGGACAGUAACAGUAAGUAAUUCUCUAUCCGGAGAGGGAGGUGGAGUUGGGGUUAAGGCUGGUCUCAGCAUUAUGAUAUUGUAUAUUUUCCUUUGUGUAGCUUUGCCUGUGCAGAACCUGUGGCAGAUUUCGAGAGAGAGAACGCAGAGCAUCCCAUUGAGUGCUGAUCUGCAAAGAAAGAAGAGUGGAACUGAGAUCAACCUUCACAGACAGAUGUCCUGCCACACACCGUUAGGUCCCCUACCAGGGGGCCUCUUCUACCCUCUGUCUUACAGCUCACAGGAUUCUAUUUUGUUGGGAGACCAGGUUGAGGCAGAAGAGACAACCGAUUCGGCACACGAUAAAAUCAACGUCAUGAAGAAGAAGACUGUGCUAGCUCUCUUUGGGUUUGUGCUUGGCUAUUUAGUGACAGGGGCUGUGGUGUUCCAAAUGCUGGAGAAGCCAUUUGAGGCACUAAAGCAGGGCGAGCUGAGUAAGCACCGUAUUCUCUUUCUAAAUGAGCACACCUGUCUUCAAGAAGAUCGACUGGAUGAGUUCAUAGAGCAGGUGAAAGAAGCUAUUGGUUAUGGAGUUGACCCUUCAGCAAAUGCCACCAAUGUUACCACACGCUGGGACAUCGGGAGCUGCUUCUUCUUUGCAGGCACCGUCAUCACCACCAUCGGAUUUGGUACCAACGCCCCAAAGACAGAAGGAGGCCAGAUCUUCUGUAUUUUCUAUGCAUUGGUUGGGAUCCCACUCUUUGGAAUACUGUUAGCCGGUGUAGGAGAUCAUUUGGGAUCUUCCUUACGUAAAGGAAUUGGGAAAGUGGAAGUGUUGUUCUUGAAAUGGCACGUUUCUCCUACCUUAGUGCGGGUCAUCUCCGCUGUGCUCUUCAUUCUCAUUGGCUGCCUCCUCUUUGUUUUCAUUCCCAUGUUGAUCUUCCAAAAGAUUGAGAGCUGGACCUUCCUGGAGUCAAUAUAUUUUGUGGUCAUCACUCUCACCACCAUUGGCUUUGGGGAUUAUGUGGCAGGAGAUGGAGCAGGAAACGAGCACACUUGGUAUAAGCCUUUGGUUUGGUUUUGGAUUUUACUUGGCCUUGCUUACUUUGCUUCCAUCCUGACGAUGAUUGGAAACUGGCUAAGAGCACUAACCAGGAAGACAAGGGCUGAGAUGGGCGGGCUAACUGCUCAUGCAGCCAAUUGGACAGCAAGUAUGACUGCAGAGAUGAAGCUGCCACACCGUGGGAUGAGCCUCAACUUCCAGGAGCGCCUGCAGAAGCAGAAAGGUAGCAUGGAAGCACCUGGACUGCAGCAAAUUGAUGUAGAACAAGACGAAGAAGAGCAGAAGGAGGAGAGUGAAGAAGAAGACAAGGACCCUCCUCAUAUCCUUCCGCCGUCUCCUCCAGUCAUUAAACUGACAUCACCAGUCAGUCCUUCCAUGAAAACAAAUGAUGAGGAAACAAAAGUGCUGGAGUGGGGGAAAAAUAUGGCAUUCAUUGAUGAGUCAUCUGAUUCCCAGAGCGAGAAAGGAGAAAGAGAGAAAGGGGUUGAGAGAGGUGGAAAGGGGAGGACCCCCAGGGGAAAGAGAAAGAGAAGGGGAUUGAAAGGGGACUCCCAUCCGGUACCAAGAAAUCGAGAUAAGGGGGAAAGUGGGUAAGCACAGUGGUCCUCAUAAUGAUAUAAUCUUCCAUAAUUAAUAUUCCCUAUUCCCAAAGUGCCAGCUCCCCCUUUCUCAUUUUGAAAGUGAAAUAUAACAGGGCCAAUGCUCACCUCCCCUUCCAUGAGUAUAUACAAAAGAAUAUAUUCACAACAUUGAUACACAUUAACAACUCCACCAGUUUCUCUUCAAACAUAUAAAGUACAGGCAGUAGCAUUGCCAACAUUUACUUCACACAGCAAAUCAAGGUGCCCAGCAGUAACAACAUCAGUACCAGCCUCACCUACACACAAGCUUGCUGCCCAGUGCCAGCCCUUCCUACGCACAGAACCCUGAGAACUUCCAUAAUUCCUUGUGUCAAUGUAUUUCCUCUGCCUCUAAUCUUAUACUCCCGUAUACCAUGUACCUCAUCAGAGAGUAUAGUGCCGCAGGUUCCAAUCAAUACUGCAGUAUUCCUGCAAAUUCUGAGUUAAUAAGAGGUACUUUAACUCAGCAAGGCAGGAUUUAAACAGUACACUAAUAUAACCUUUAUUUGCCACUUACUAAUUCCUUCUGUCAGCUCAGAUUCCAAGCAUCUGAUAGGUCUGCAAAGUUAGUGACUGAGUGGGUGGGGGGAGCCAAUCUGAUUAAUUAAUGAUCUGUAAUAAAGAAUUUAACAAGC